AUCUUCACAGUUCAUUAUGAGUUUACUUUCAAUCGGAAACAUUGGAAUGAAUCAGUUCAUUUCACGCCAUAAUGAAGGUAGACCCGCUGUUCAGUGUUCUUAUAUUAUUCUGCUUAACGUUUCGUCUAUCAUUCACAUCAGAAACCGUAUCCAUAGACUGUUUACGUUUAACGCCUCAUAUUAGAAAUGGGAGCGUCAAUGUUGCUCGAAGUUUAGCGGAGGUAGAUUCCUCUAAAUUCCUGAACAUAAUGAGUUACUCCGGCUUCAUAACAGUGAAGGAUGAAUAUGAUAGCAAUCUGUUCUUCUGGUUCUUUCCAAAAUCAAAUAUGAGUACGACCCCAUUGAUUAUUUGGUUGCAAGGCGGACCGGGUUACUCAUCUCUGAAAGGCUUAUUCGAUAUCAUAGGACCAUUUCAAGUAGAAGAUGAUAAAGUAAUUGAACGGCCAGUUACUUGGGCUUCGAAUUAUUCGCUGCUGUUUCUGGAUCAACCCGUGGGUACUGGAUUCAGUUUUACAGGCGAUGAUCGAGGAUACACGAAUAAUGAAGAUGAUGUGGGGGAACAGAUGCACGAAUUUCUAAUACAAUUUUUGGAGUUAUUCCCCGAGUUAAAGGAAGCACCACUGUUUGUAAUGGGAGAAUCAUACGCCGGGAAAUACGUCCCGGCUCUAGCUAUUCAAAUUCAUAGGCGAAAGAACAAAUACCCUAUUAACUUAAGGGGUAUUGCCAUCGGAAACGGAUUAAUAGACCCGCUUAGUAUGAUGCAUUAUAGCGAUUUUUCUAGAAUUCUUGGCCUAUUAGAUGAUACACAGGUCGAAGUGUUGAAAAUCAUUGAACAAGAUACGGUUCAGGCUAUUCAUGAGGAACGCAUGUUGGAUGCAGCUUUGGGUUUCAACAAAACGUUAGAGUACAUUAAAAAGCACAGUGGCGUCAGUUUCUAUAACUUCAACAUGGACCAAGGGGGCGGGGCGCCAGCAUUCGAAGCGUUUGUCAAUAGACACGAUAUACGCGAAGCGAUUCAUGUAGGGAAUGCUUCUUUCCAUCUCAACAAUCAACUGGUGUAUCAGAAGAUGCAGCCAGAUAUGAUGAAUACCACGAAACCGUUCGUGGAAGAGCUAUUGGAGCAUUAUGGGGUUAUGUGCUACAGCGGUCAAUUAGAUGUUAUCCUGCCCUAUGGUCUGUCAAGGAAUUUGUACUCCAAAUUGAACUGGUCUCGUCGCCCUGAAUAUAUUAAAGCCUCGCGGCGACGGCUACGAAACGCUAUCGAUGGAACAAUUGUGGCGUACAAGAAAAGUGGGGGAAAUUUCGCAGAGGUGUUGAUAAGAAGAGCUGGUCACAUGGUGCCGGAAGAACAGCCUGAUGUCGCCAAGUUCAUAAUUGACAGAUUCAUAGAAGAAUAUAAAUAGUAUUAAAUAAA